AUGCAGAAUUCCACGGUGAAAUCCUCAGACGACGAUAUUUCCCAGUCAACACGCAAGAUUGAAGUUGCAACAUGGUGUACUGUGUUUGCCAUCGAAGCCUUUGUCACAGUAAUAGGAAACCUUCUGAUUGUCAUUAUCUUUGCGCGAGAUUACCGCCUAAGAAAGCCAAGCUCUUAUCUCAUUAUCAGCUUGGCGCUGGCAGACCUGUGCAUUGGCUUAAUUGUUCUACCCCUAUGGAUUUAUCAGGUGACAGGCUUGGGUGAGCUGUGGCAAACCAUCACUUUCCUGACGUUGGACAUGUUCGCAAGUGUUGCCUCGAUUUCAAACCUGGCCGCCAUAUCACUCGAGAGGUUAUACGCAACCAUGUUACCAUGGAGACAUCGCGCCACUCCAAAGUCCCAAGUUCUGUUCUUCAUUGCCUCUAUUUGGAUGCUGUCUGCCGUCAUCACGAGUUCGUAUGCGGUUGCACUUUUUGCGUAUUCGUCACCGUUGGGUUCCCUGUUUUCCUGGUUGCCCUAUAUUUGUCUCUUGUUGUUGGUAAUCUGUGGGUCGUACUCAGCUCUAUUUGUAAAAAUGCGACGAACUGACCAACGUAGAUCGGACAGAGAGCGCAAAUUAACGGUGACUUUGUUCAUGGCUACAGUUUUCUCCAUAGUCGCCUAUCUUCCAAUGGUUGUACUUGGCGUCAAGUACUUCGCUCUCAACAGAAAAACGAGCAAUCUUUUUCUCAACAUUAUGAGCUUUUUUAACUUUGGGAAUUCUCUUGUGAAUCCAUUUUUGUACGCAUUCAGAAUGCCAGAUUUUAGGAGGGCAGUUUGUUCACUGUUUGGCAUUUAUCACCAGGAUCAACAAACGCGCCAAAGUGAAAGAACGCCGCCUUCGUUUGCGUUGAGAGAGUUAUCAACAGCGGUUUCAUCAAGGAUAAGUCCUGUUGCUAGGCUCCCUGAGGCAGUUGACAAGCUUUCUGAACUGAAAUGA